AUGGACGUGUCGACUCCCAAAGGUCCUGCGGCCGAACCUCAAGCGGCAGCCGAGGCGGCUCACAAUUAUAAGCACAACUCCGAUGAUCUCAAGGUCAGCCCCCUCACCAUCGAAGAGGGGUUCUCCGAGGGCGUCCAAGCCGGUGUUCGAAAAGUCGAGGCAACGGCCAUGGUCUGGAGUAACUGGCAUCUCGCCCUGGCAUAUGUAACCAUUUGGUUCAUCUACGUUAUUCUCUCGCUUCAAGAGGUCGUUGUUCGGGCCUUGACGCCGUUUGUCACAAGCAGUUUCUCGAUGCACUCGUUGACAGCGACAACAUCCGUCAUGGCGAGCAUCAUCGGCGGUCUUUCCAAACUUCCUCUGGCAAAGAUUCUCGACACAUGGGGUCGUCCCCACGGUCUCGCAUUGAUGCUACUCGUCUGGGUGCUCGGUUUUGUCAUGAUGGCUGCUUGUAAGAACGUGGAGACGUACGCUGCUGCACAAGUAUUCGCUGUCGUCGGUGCGCAGGGUGUCAGCUACUGUCUGACAGUCUUCAUCGCCGACACGUCGACUCUCAAGAAUCGCUCACUCAUGCUGGCAUUUGCCUCCUCGCCUUAUAUCUUCACUACAUGGGCCGCCGGCCCUAUUGCCGACAGCGUUCUUGCUGGCCCUGGCUGGGAGUGGGGUUUUGGAGUCUGGGCCAUCACGACACCAGUCGUCGUCUUGCCACUGAUAUUCCUUUUCUUCUGGAAUCAGAACAAAGCCAAGAAGAUGGGCCUGCUUCCUGAGCAAAGCACUAUCAAGAACCUGACGCUCAAGUCUGUCGGACGUUAUCUGAUUGAUAUUGAUGCCGUUGGCCUUCUGCUUCUUGCUGCUGGCAUGGCACUCUUCCUGCUGCCCUUCAACAUCUACUCGUACCAGUCCGAAGGCUGGAAGAGCCCGAUGAUCAUCAGCAUGAUUGUCGUCGGCGCCGUGCUCAUCGUUGUUUUUGUCUGCUACGAAAAGUUUUUCGCUCCUGUCACGUUCAUUCCCUUCGAGCUGAUUGCCGACCGGACCGUGCUCUGCGGUGGGCUCAUGUUCACGUUUGUCUUUUUCAAUUCUGGCAUUUGGGGCGCCUACUUCUCUUCGAUGCUCCUAGUCGUCUGGAACCAGGGUGUCGAGAAGACGACGUACAUCAUCAACAUCUACCGCACAGGCUCUUGCUUCUUCGGCAUCGUCGUCGGUCUGCUUAUCCGCUACACUGGACGCUUCAAGCCUUUCGCGCUGUACUUCCUCAUUCCGCUCAUGAUGCUCGGCGUUGGUCUUAUGAUCGAGUUCCGACAGCCUGAUCAGAACAUUGGCUAUGUUAUCAUGACUCAGAUCCUCAUCGCCUUCGCAGGUGGUCCCAUUGUCCUCUGUGGCGAGAUGGCCAUGAUGGCACCGUCAGACCAUCAGCACAUUGCUGUCAUCAUCGCCAUUCUUGACCUCUUCGGCAGCGUUGGUAUGGCCAUCGGCUCCACCGUCGCCGCCGCCAUCUGGACAGGCACUUUCAAGAACAACCUUAUCAAGCAUAUGCCCGAGGGAUUCAACAACAUCGAGAACAUCUACAACAACAUGUAUGCGCAACUUGCGUACCGGUACGGUACCCCUGAGCGUCACGGUAUUGCACUCGCAUACGGCGAUUCGCAGCGAAUCAUGCUCAUCACUAGUGUCACUGUGCUUGUCGGUGCCCUUGUCUCGACCGCUUUCUGGAGGAACAUCAACCUCAAGACCAUCAAGCAGGUCCGCGGCAACGUGAUCUGA